AAAUAUUUAUACUACAGGACUGACCAGGGAUGGUGCUGAGGAGUGAUGCCACCAGCCUGCAGAGGGCAGAUGGGAUGGAGAGGAUGGCAGAGAUGCAGGGGCUUAUGGAAAGACUGGAGCAGGCCGUUGGUCGACUGGAGUUGCUGUCUGCAGGGUUACACCGGCCUCCUGGGGACUGUGGGGAAAUUAACGGUGUCAGCGGAGGUGUGACACCCUCGGUGGAGGCCUUUGAUAAGCUGAUGAACAGCAUGGUGGCUGAGUUUUUAAAGAACAGUAGGAUCCUGGCUGGUGACGUUGAGACUCAUGCAGAAAUGGUGCAUGGUGCUUUCCAGGCCCAGCGAGCUUUCCUUCUGAUGGCCUCUCAGUACCAACAACCCCAAGAGAACGAUGUGGCUGCACUUCUGAAACCAAUAUCAGAAAAGAUUCAGGAGAUCCAAACUUUCAGAGAGAGAAACCGGGGGAGUAAAAUGUUUAAUCAUCUCUCGGCCGUCAGCGAAAGCAUCCCUGCCCUUGGGUGGAUAGCUGUGUCCCCCAAACCCGGUCCUUAUGUCAAGGAGAUGAAUGAUGCUGCCACCUUUUACACUAACAGGGUCUUAAAGGACUACAAACACAGUGAUUUACGCCAUGUGGAUUGGGUAAAGUCAUAUUUGAACAUAUGGAGUGAGCUUCAAGCAUACAUCAAGGAACACCACACUACAGGCCUUACUUGGAGCAAAACAGGUCCAGUAGCAUCAACUGCAUCAGCGUUGUCUGUCCUCUCCCUUGGACCUGGCCUUCCUCCACCUCCACCUCCUCCAGGGCCACCUCCACUUUUUGAGAGUGAGGGCAGAAGAGAGGAGUCCUCUCCUUCACGCUCAGCUUUAUUUGCACAACUUAACCAAGGGGAAGCAAUUACAAAAGGGCUCCGGCAUGUUACAGAUGACCAGAAGACAUAUAAGAAUCCCAGCCUCCGGACUCACGGAGGACAAACUCCAUCUCCUACCAAAAGCCACACUCCAGGCCCCAAGUCUCCCCAGUCUCAUCCUCCAAAGAAACAUGCUCCUGUGUUAGAGUUGGAAGGGAAGAAAUGGAGAGUGGAAUACCAAGAGGACAGGAAUGACCUUGUGAUUUCAGAGACUGAACUGAGACAGGUGGCUUACAUUUUCAAAUGCAGCAAGUCUACUCUACAGAUAAAAGGGAAAAUAAAUUCCAUUACAAUUGACAGCUGUAAGAAGUUUGGCCUUGUGUUUGACAAUGUGGUGGGCAUUGUGGAAGUGAUCAACUCCAAGGACAUUCAGAUGCAGGUGAUGGGGAAAGUGCCAACAAUUUCCAUUAAUAAAACAGAAGGCUGCCACAUAUACCUCAGUGAAGAUGCAUUAGACUGUGAGAUUGUGAGUGCCAAGUCAUCUGAAAUGAAUAUACUUAUCCCUCGGGAUGGUGAUUAUAGAGAAUUUCCCGUUCCUGAACAGUUCAAGACAGCAUGGGAUGGAUCCAAGUUGGUCACUGAACCUGCAGAAAUUAUGGUUUCUGAGAGACCACCGAAACCCCUGACCUGAAUUCCCCCCAUCAAAAUAACAAACAAAUAAAAGCAGCAUUAAAGACCUAGAAGUUGCAGUAGCACCUACUGCUUUAGCUUUGGCCUCCAACAAUUCUGUGCUAUAGAAACAGCAUAAUUUCUGGCAUGCCUUCGUGGGCAUCUUGGAAUAUUUAACGUUUCUUCAUGAUUUAUCUUUGUGUGUGAUUUGAGUUCCACAUGAUGACUUGUGAACGUUAUACAUUUAAAGGGAAAAAAAGAGAAUUCUGUUCCCCUCAUAUCAUUAUCACAGUAGUUAAGAGGUAAAAAUAUUGCAUGAUUCACUUUUCACUUAUGUUUAAUUGCUAGUUGAAAAAUAAAACCUUUGAGAAUCUAAGAUGUACAUUUUUAUCUUUUAGACAAUUUCCAUAUAUUUGGUAGUAGUAUGCUCUAAAAAAUGUACGAUUUUUGUUUUCUUCUUUUUACCACCUUUAUCAGCAUGAAUACACUGUCAGCCUGAAUACAUAUUUCAACCCAUGUUUUUAAAAAAACAUAAGUUUCGUACUAAGAACCACAUCCAGUUUCUUGGUCCUUGAAAAGACCUUUAUUCUUUGCAGUUACCAAAAACCAAAAGUAAACUAAUGAUUUAUCUUAAAUACUUUUCUGCCAUGUCACUUGGAAAACUUUUACUUUUCUGAGAUUUUUAUGCCAAAAGAUUAAUAGGAAAAAGCAGGGUGUUUUUUGCUCUAUAAUACCUCACAAUUUCGCUCUAGGAACAAGCUCAGUUGUUAUUUUCCAAUUUUGAACCUGUGAAAUAUCAGAUGCCUUGUUAAGUGAUGUCUUUAAUGUUUUAUUAUAGACUUUCUUCUUUUCCACUUGCCAGACUCGCUAACCAGUCUCAAAAAUGAAAAUGAAAAAGCCAUAGUUACAUUACAACUUCUAAAACCUAAAGAAUUGUUUGUUGCCUUGGCUUGCUGCUCCUGUUUUGCAGUGUUGAUAGUACAUGCUUUUUCAACGGAAGAGUAACUCUGAUAUUCCUUUCUGUCUUUUUGGUACAUAGUGCUGAAAACCUGCAACUUCUAGGAUUACAUGCAAUGAAUUCUAGUAUAAUGCUUGCAGACCCAAUACAAGCAUAUAUAUUGUGCCUAGUACAGCCUUUGGAAUACAUCAUUUCCGUUUUUUAAGUAUCUUCUAUAACCGUAUAGUAUUCAAAUUAAUGCUUGUGUACCACAGUUUUGCUAGAAAAGUUUUUGUCCAUAUGAAGAAUGUUGUAGCUUUAGUAAAUACCUUUUUUUCAACUGUAAACUUAUUCUGAAAUAAAGUAAAAUUCUAAUUGUUUAAAUACUGUGAUGAAUUCAGGGUGUUAAAAUUUUUUUCCUCUUUGAUUUGCUCCUUGCUCAUAUAUCAGCUUUAGGAAAUGCAGCUGAGCUUUUCUAGUUGAAUUAGAGAAUUUAUCCAGCAUGCCAUCAGCUUCCCUGAAGAAUAGCUUCUUCUAGAUAAAUAUCAGAUAAAGCCAUUUUCAGUUGGAAGAACUGUCAGAAAAGUCUAGAAUCAAGUUUU